AUGGACUUAGAUACAGACGUACCAAUGGAAGAUGUUGAAGAUUUAAAACAAGAUACCACCACCAACAAGACAACAACACCAACAUCAAUCACUGACAAAUUAACAAAUGCAUCUACAACUACAACUGCUACUGGUGAUAAUAAAAGAUCACAAUUAAAUUUAUCAACAGUAAAUCAAUUAGAUGAAUGGAUUGAUAAAUUAUCUAAAUGUGAACCACUUGCAGAAUCAGAUGUUAAGAAAUUAUGUGAUAUGGCAAUUGAAGUAUUACAAUUUGAAGAAAAUGUUCAACCAGUUCAAGUACCAGUAACAAUAUGUGGUGAUGUUCAUGGUCAAUUUCAUGAUUUAAUGGAAUUAUUUAAAAUUGGUGGUCCAUGUCCUGAUACAAAUUAUUUAUUCAUGGGUGAUUAUGUGGAUAGAGGGUAUUAUUCAGUUGAAACUGUUUCCUAUUUAGUUUGUAUGAAGGUUAGAUAUCCUAAUCGUAUAACAAUCUUACGAGGCAAUCAUGAAUCAAGACAAAUUACUCAAGUUUAUGGAUUUUAUGAUGAAUGUUUAAGAAAAUAUGGUUCUGCAACCGUUUGGAAAUUAUUUACUGAUUUAUUUGAUUAUUUCCCCAUUACUGCAUUAGUUGACAACAAAGUAUUUUGUUUACAUGGUGGAUUAUCACCCAUGAUUGAAACAAUUGAUCAAGUUCGUGAAUUAAAUAGAAUCCAAGAAGUUCCUCAUGAAGGUCCCAUGUGUGAUUUAUUAUGGUCAGAUCCUGAUGAUAGAGGUGGUUGGGGUAUUUCCCCCAGAGGAGCCGGGUUCACAUUUGGUCAAGAUAUAUCGGAACAAUUCAAUCAUACUAAUGAUUUAAGUCUUAUUGCAAGAGCCCAUCAAUUGGUAAUGGAAGGUUUUAGUUGGAGUCAUCAAGAAUCUGUGGUUACAAUAUUUUCGGCUCCUAAUUAUUGUUAUAGAUGUGGUAAUCAAGCAGCAAUUAUGGAAGUUGAUGAACAACAUAAUAGACAAUUUUUACAAUAUGAUCCAUCGGUAAGGCCAGGUGAACCUACUGUUACUAGGAAAACUCCUGAUUAUUUCUUAUAG